AUGCGCUGCCUGGAAGCAUGGCGUUGCCUGCUGCUGUCUGAAAGGCGUUCCCCCUCUCACCCGCACCUGCUCUCACCCGCACCUGCUCUCACCCGCACCUGCUCUCACCCGCACCUGCUCUCACCCGCACCUGCUCUCACCCGCACCUGCUCUCACCCGCACCUGCUCUCACCCGCACCUGCUCUCACCCGCACCUGCUCUCACCCGCACCUGCUCUCACCCGCACCUGCUCUCACCCGCACCUGCUCUCACCCGCACCUGCUCUCACCCGCACCUGCUCUCACCCGCACCUGCUCUCACCCGCACCUGCUCUCACCCGCACCUGCUCUCACCCGCACCUGCUCUCACCCGCACCUGCUCUCACCCGCACCUGCUCUCACCUGCACCUGCUCUCACCUGCACCUGCUCUCACCUGCACCUUCUCUCACCCGCACCUGCUCUCACCUACACCUGCUUGAAAUCUUCGCUCCACACCUCCACGCGUCCUCCGCUGCCCCGAACCCUCUCCUUGGGCUGCCCGGGAAGAAAUCCCUGCUCCUGCAUCAAGCCACCCACCAGCAGCCCCAGCAGCAGCGCCACCAGCAGCGCCCCCAGCACCGCCAGCACAGCCGCGAAUCUCCCCAUGCUAGCUCGGCCCACUUCCGCAAUGCAAGAAGCGCGAGUGCAAGAAGGCGGUCGCAGAGCAACCAGCCCGACUAG